CCUUUUCUCUCAGCCUCUCACCCUUGAAUAGCUGCCAAAUGGCUUGGUUUAUAUGGCCUUGUAAAGUCCAGCUCCGUGCAGAGACAGCUGAGGUGGUGUGAAAGGCAGUUGUGGCCACACGGGCGGAUUAAAGAUGGAUUGCUGCAAAACUGCGCACCAGCUUCCUUACCAUGCCGCCAUCCCAGGAGGGCUGUACCCAUCCAAGGUCAUUACUGUGUCAGGCAUUGUCCUGGAAAAUGCUCAGAGGUUCAGCAUCAACCUGUGCACCGAGAGUGACAUAGCCUUCCACCUGAACCCUCGUUUUGAUGAAAAUACCGUGGUCCGAAACACUCAGAUCCAGGGCAGCUGGGGGUCAGAGGAACGAUGGCUGCCCUUCAAUAUGACCUUCAGACGAGGAUACAGCUUCAAGGUGGAGAUCAUAUGCCAAGCCCACUGCUACAUGGUGUUUGUGGACGGCCAACAUCUGCUGGAAUAUGCCCACCGCCUGAAGGACCUGUCAGCCAUCAGUCACCUGGAGGUGGAAGGCGAUCUCGAGCUUACUACAGUGAAUGUCUAGGUGGGCUCCCUGGCCUGGUGCACCACUGUCUGCAUCUCCUCUGGCUCCUCCUCCAUGCCCCGCACUGGCUUCUGGAGCCCUGACCUCUGAGCAAAGCGCCAGCUCCACUCCUCCUCGCCCUGAGGUGGUCCGAGCCUGCUGAGCCCCCAGCAAAGCCCCACACUGCAUGCAGCCAUCAAUCUGCUCCCAUCCUCUGUGCAACCCCACUUGAGUCCCAAGACACAGCUGUGCACUGCAGUAACAAGGAGACCUGCAGGGCCCUCCCGAUCCUGUGACCUUAACCUCUGUCCUUGGCUGUGCACCCCACUGCCCCCCAACCCCUCUGGGAAGGCUGCUCUGGUGACAUCCCGCUGCCUUGCACCAACUGACCAGAACUUUCUCAGAGAGGGCUCUUCCUUUCCCUGGCAUCCUUAAAAUAAAGAAAACGCUGCACUCCUGGCACA